AAAAAAUGUUUUUGAAUGGCACAGAUGCAAUAUGACCUGGUCCUUUCAGUUUCAAAAGCGAUCGCGGAAGUUUAUUCCUCCGAUCACUGCAUGUUUUUAUCAGUUACGCUUCUUUUUGAUUUUGUCCCAACAUUUGAAUCUUUUGAAUUUGAAUUGCCACCAAAAUGCUCCGGAGACGUAAGGGACCAACUGACGAAGCUGAAAUGCUUAUACCCAGGAAUUAUGGAGAAGAUGGCGAUACAGAACAUGGUGCAAGCAAGCGGUUGCGUGCCAAAGGACCAUGGGCAUCAGACUGCACAUAACCUACCCCAAUGCCCCACUAAGACAUCAUAUUGUUUUUAGGUUCCUGGCAUCCGACCAAGAUGGAACAUUCACACGAGAAGCAGGACAAUCCACUGACUCCAUUAAAAGAUUUCGAUUUAUAGUGCUUGGAGGUGAUAGCUUGCUAAUGAAUAAAGUGUCUGAAUUCAUCCUUGGGGAAAGACAAUCAGGGCAGAGGACCCGUUCUGGAAUAUGUGAGUUAAGAGAGGGUCAUGUUCGAGAAUGUCAUGUGUCAGUGGUGACAACUCCAGUCAGCUGGUUGGAACGCUUGCAGUCCUGCUGGUUUUUCAGCAAUGCAAUUUCAUUGAAACCUGAAAUGGAGUUUAGUGAAUCACUGGUCUUCCCUGGGCCACAUGCGUUUCUGUUAGUCGUAAGGCACAACACUGGUAAAGAGCAUUACCUUUUAAAUGCAAUUUGUGAAGUGUUUGGCAAGGCGGUUCUAGACUACAGUAUGGUGCUGUUCAUCGGUGAAUCUCAUCGUACAGAAGAUAAUCCCUGUGUCCGAACAUGUGGUAACAGGCAACACAUAUUAACUGAGCAAAAUGUUGACGCACUUUUUGUAAAAGUGGAGCAAAUGAUACAUAGUAAAAAAAGUCAUUUUUUUAUUAAUCAUUUUGAGCUUUAUAAAAAGGUUUCAAAUCAUCUUCAGAUGGAAUUUAAGGAAAAGGAGAGUGAACUACAGAUGGAAAUUAGAGAUCUUAAAACAGAGCAUGAAAAGGAAGUUAACAACCUGAAAAUUGAUUUUAGAAACAGGGAAAAAUAUCUACAAAAGAAAUUGGCUGAUUCACAGCUCAAUGAACAACACUUAAGGGAGGAAUUGGAUGCUUCCAGAUACAGGGAAAGUCAAUUAAAGAGUGACCUAGAAAUGUCACAAAAGGAGAUGAAGGUGUGCACAACGCUAACGGUUCUACCGAUCAGCGGACAUCCAAAGACUGCACAAGGACUGCAAGACAACCUGUUAAGAGUGUCUGAACACAAAAAUGUUGGAGAUGGGGAGAUGGUGAGCAGCACUGAACAUUCAAAAGCCAGUGGAUCACUGGAGUCUGGAGGUUUGAAACCGUGACUGUGGAGCAGGUGUAAUCUACAGCAGAGGAGCCCAAAACGUGACAUGCUGGUAAACACAGGGGUUAAAGUUCAUCUCCUUCCUCAGAAAUCCUUGAUGGAUGUUUUCUAUGAACUGUAAGACUCUAAACUGACUUGCGUUUCUGUGACGGAAACAAAAGUGAACUCUGUCCUGAGGCACUGAAACCAGGGUAGGCCACUUUUAGCCUAGUCUGCUGAUAUCAAAUAGGUCAAUAGGUUUUUUUUCACUAAUGAUAAUCAAGUCUAAUUAUAUUUUAUUUGUAUUCUCUGACCCUCAAGGCAUGAGUAUACUUUGGUUAUCUGUGUUGCUGAUCGCUCCACGCACAGUAUAUGCCAGAUUUUCUUGACCCGCAAUUCUGGGGGCGUGCCUACAUCCUAUAUGCAGAUAAGGUGUGGCCUGGGUAUUUGGUUGCGGUCUAAGGCAUGUGGUGAGUUGUGCGUGGAUGCCGCGAAGAAUAGCGUGAAGCCUCCACACGCACUAUGUCUCCACGGUAACACGCUGAUCAAGCCACAAGAAAAGAUGCGCGAAUUGACGGUCUCAGACGCGGAGGCAACUGAGAUUCGUCCUCCGCCACCCGGAUUGAGGCGAGUCACUACGCCACCACGAGGUCUUAGAGCGCAUUGGGAAUUGGGCGUUCCAAAUUGGGGAGAAAAAAGAACAUUAAUUUGGCCAAGGGUACUUAGCAAACUAUGUAGACUAAUUAAAAGAACUAUCUGGAUACGAUACGGUAGCAUUGGUUGGCCUAUCCAGGUAGGAUAAGUCACUCCUCUCGAACGCAUUAGUAUUCGCUCGCGGUCAGAAGAGUAUACUCAAAAAGGCAACAUGGUCGGCCUGACAUGAUCUGAUCAGGAACACAGAAAAACGAAGUAUACCCAAGCCUUUAAAUUUAAACAGAUCUUGUUUUGCUGCUGUGCCUUCAAAAAGCACUCCCUUUACAUGUGAAAUGAGCAAUGCUUCUCUGGCUCUGCUCACAUGCACAUGGUUUGCUGACUGGUUUUUAACUGCCUUUAAUAAAAGACUCUUUGCAAAACUGCACUACAUUGUGCAAAGUCAUAACAGCACUUAAACAUACCACUUUAACUUAAAAGUUGUACUGAAAUGAUAAGGGAUUUUGUAAGCAAACAAACAAACAUCAUCAUAGUUUUAUCAUUUAAAACUACAGUAUACUAUAAAUCUAUAUGUCUAUAUAAGUCUGUAUGUAUACAGUAUAACAAAGUAAAACUCCCUAUUAUAUACAGAGCAGGUCUACAGGCUUUACAGUAAUACCAUACACAGCCAAUGGCUUUGAAAGGCUAAAAGGUGUGGGGCUCAAGAGUAAGGGUCAUUCCGAACUCACUUUUUGUGUCCUUGAGCAAGGCACUUAACUCCAGGUUGCUCCGGGGGGAUUGUCCCUGUAAUAAGUGCACUGUAAGUCGC